AUGGCAAAGACGCGACGUUCUUGUCCCAGCCACCCAAUCGACAGGCGACAUGGUGCUGAGUUACGCCGUGCUUGUGGGGCCGCCUUGAACGUCGAGUCUCCUCACGACGUGUUCCACUCAAGGGAUAAGGCAAGCAUCCAUCUGAUUCAUCUGCCCACGUUCUACUCGAGCCAUUCACUGACUGGUAUACCUUCUCUUCGCAUGCCCACAGGCCCGGGCACCACCAUCCCCAUCUCCGUCACAUCCGUCCUCGCCGUCCGCCUCGCCCCUUCUCUCGCCCUCAGAAAACCGCGCAUCAUCAUGCGAUACGACGUGACAGAAUUGUCGGCCUAUUGGCAACGGCUUCGUUGAGAGAGGAAUGCGAUCAAGAUUUCAUCGAUGAACGUAUCCUGCCUCGCGUCGUUGUGUGCGACCCAGUCGCCUUGGUCCAUCAAGUUUUCGCCAUCGAGUCGGACCAUCUCGUCCGACAAGUGCAAGACGCACAACAACACAGCAAAGCUGCAAAGAUCAUCCGCGCUUCGUACAAUACGAUAUGUGGGCGCCAGAGUCACUUGCGAACAUUAGAUUGGAUGUCGCAGGCAGCACGCCUGGUAAGUGCCCUUUAGAAGCUGGACAGGAACCAUUGCGACAUCUACGGACGCUGACCAGCUCCUCUACGCUCACUUUCUCAUUCUCUCGGCGCAGGCAACGAAUAAUCAAGCGCACAAGCUGACCAUCGCUGAAGUGCAGCGAUGGCCCCGCCUGACCGACCGAGUAGUAGAGUCGGAGUGUUGGAGUUCCGGCCGCCGACUCACUCCAACUAAAGAAUCGCGGUAUUUCCUAUCGUGCCACCGGCAAAAGAUGUCCACGUCGGCUCCAAGCCUCGGGAGCCGUAUGCUGGUCCCCAUCGCAUUCACUGGUCACGAUUUCGAGGAGCAAUAGGCAACUUCCCUCCUUCCUGCUCAUCCGCUCGUCGAUGUUAUGCUGGACCUCGCGCAGCACGCACUCACGCAACCGACGCGGCUCUUCGCACCGGGUCUAGCCGUCGUGGACGGGGACGCUUACCUCGUUGUCCUCGAUCACGAGGUGUGUCGGAUUGCUGAGAUCGCAGAAUGUUGGGGAGCUGGCUUCGGAGUGUUCGCUGCGGUGCUGUCAACCUUGCUCGGACUGGACGUCUACUCGAGCGGAUUCUCUCCCUUGUUCCGAUACGAGUGCUGUCGCGGGACCGGUCUCACGCCUGUGUGCUUCUACCCUCGUUUUCUCUGCAGAGGCAAAGGCAAAAACGAAGAUGAGGGAUCGAGUGUGAUCAAGGGCCGUACUGCCGAGUUCGAGAAGGAGGAGCCGAUCGAACUCUUGGUGUCCCACGUUUUGGACCGUGGCAGAUCGUCCAUUUUUGGUCUGCACGCUAAUCUUCCGCCUGUCUCGCCCAAACUUGCUGGAGCAAGCGUCUCCGAACGCUCCGACUUCCUCGUUCGUACUCAAGAUCCAGCUCGUCCCUGGUGAACACCGAGGCAAUGAGGCGCAAGUGCUUGAUUCGAUUCGUUCGCAUCACGAGAGGGGGACACCUUUCCUCGGAAACCAUUGGCCACCUCGCUUUGCCCGAGCUGACGAAGUCGUUGCCGCUGCACUACUCACAAGCGCCAGACCACGAGAUACCCGAAGCGGCGAAACCGGAAGACCCAAACGAGCGUGUGAAAGAACCUCUCCGACGCACGCUCGAUCUGCUCCUCUUACGCAAUCCGACCGCUGAACUGCCCAGACCCGUCUCCGAGCCCGUGUCCGGUUUGCGCCAGGUCUAUCGGGUCUUUGAUCAGCUUCUGGCUGGUUUGUCGGAUACCCACGCGUCGGGCAUCCACCAUCGUGAUCUUUCACUGAGUAACAUCCUGCAUCACGAAGGUCAUCUCGUUCUGAUCGAUUGGGACGCGGGCGCGGUCGGUGCGAGUGUACCUGUGGCAGCUGUCGAGGGCGGACGCUUGAGUAUGAGCCUUGCGACCGCACCCCUCGGCGCGAUCGCAUGGUAUUGCUGGGGAUUCCGGACUGCCAGGGUCCAUGGCUUGCAUCACGCACUCGAGUCGAGCAUCUACUGGUUCGUCACCGUCUUGAGGUACCAUAUCGCCUCGGAGGAUUCGGCCAAAGUAUGGGACGAGAUGGGGCUCCCUCCAUCCUAG